AUGGCUCUCGCGGUGCAGCGCUCCCUGGCCGGGACUCGCCUCUCCGCGCCCCGCGCUGUGCCUAAGCUGCCUUCCGUGCGUCGUAGCGUGCGGGUGCAGGCCUCUGCCAGCACCAAUGAGCAGAUCUCCAAGCUCCUGGCGCUGCCCGCCGCCGCCGGCGCGCUGCUGGCCGCCGGCAACGCGCAGGCCGCGACCGAGCUGGCGCAGCUCGCCGCCACCAGCGACGCGCGCCUGGCGACCAUCGCGCUGCUGUUCGUGCCGGCCAUCGGCUGGGUGGGCUUCAACAUGCUCGGCCCGCUGAACAACCAGCUCGCCCGCAUGAGCGAGAACAACGCCGCGCCCGCCCCCAAGGCGAAGGCCGCCAAGCGCCGCGGCGUCGCCGGCGCCGUCGGCCUGGGCGCCGCGCUGUCGCUGGCCGCCGCGCAGCAGGCGGAGGCCGCCUCCGAGGUGGCGCAGCUCGCCGCCACGGACAACAGGAUCGGCAUCAUCGCGCUGCUGUUCCUGCCCGCCGUCGGCUGGGUGGCGUUCAACAUCCUCGGCCCGCUCACCAACCAGCUGUCGCGCAUGAGCGAGGCCAACGCCGCGCCCGCCCCCAAGGCGAAGCCCGGCAAGAAGAAGCGCGGCUUCGCGGGCGCCGUCGGCCUGGGCGCCGCGCUGUCGCUGGCCGCCGCGCAGCAGGCGGAGGCUGCCACUGAGGUUGCGCAGCUCGCCGCCUCGGACAACAGGAUCGGCAUCAUCGCGCUGCUGUUCCUGCCGGCCGUCGGGUGGGUCGCGUUCAACAUCCUGGGCCCGCUGAACAACCAGCUCGCCCGCAUGAGCGAGAACAACGCCGCGCCCGUCGCUCCCACCAAGAAGCGCCGCUGA